AUGGAGGAGCCGCCCCCCGCCGAUGACAGCAGCACGCUAUGGCAGCGACCACGCAGCGUCGCCUUCACGCCAGACGCGCGCAUCCGGCAGUGCGAGCGGCCGGUGCUGGGAAAGAGCAACAACGUGCCCGUCCCACUCCUCGCCCAGUCCUCGCGAGCCUCCGCCCCACGUCGCAACCAGGAGCAGCAGCCCCAUGGUACACCGGACGCCGGGAGGCUCUCGCAGAGGAACGUCGAACCCUCGCCUCCAGUAUCGCUGUCACUAUUGUCGUCGCCCUCGUCAUCGCCACUACAGCCCAGUCUCGACGACGAUCUGGCGAGCAGUCAUGACAGCAUCACCACCUCGCCGUCGCCUCCGCUGCCGCAGUCGCCGCAGCGAUUGGCAAUGUCGCAAGGUAACUACGCGAGUCUGGCGACGCUCGUCCAGGUCUUAGAGCUCGAGCCAUCGCCGCCGCCAUCGCCACGGAAGGCAGUCUCUCCCCAGCUGUCUCUUCUCUCGGCGAUGCCGCCAAAGCCCGCGCAGGCCUGGAGCAAGGCCGACUCGCCUCAGGGCGACGCCCAGCGCAUGGAAGGGUCAAGGGCGGCCGCCUGGCGAAGGAGCCAAAGCGUGCCGUGGGAUACCCGGCAGGGCGGUGAUGCCGUGGCCGACGACUACGAAGACCCAACCGGCGGCAGAAGCAACCUCAUCACCACCACCACCAACGUCACCAACACCACAAUCACCAUCAACGAAGCAAGCAUCACAGAGACCAGAGCGAGCGGUGCGGUCGACGAGAACACCGGCACCGGCAGCAUCAUCGACGGAGGUGGCGGCGGCCGGGUGCUAACGCGAAGCAAGUCGUGGGAGGGCCGGCGGAGCAAGCUGCCAGAGAUCACCGUCGACGCUACGGCCGACACCAUGGAGGCCGCCGCGCGCGAGGGCGUGGCCGACUACCAAGAGCUCAGUCUGCGACCGCGCGCCAAGCUGGUGCUGGCCGAGAGCCGCAUGAGCUUGGCGCCCGCCGCACACGAACCAUCGGACGAGGAGGCCGAGGAGGAGGAGAAGCAGCGGGCGCACCGCCCCACACUGAGCGAUAUGGGGCACCGAGGCAAUGGCCUGCUCCCCGACUCCCACAAGGUGCUGAUGGUGGAGAUGCAAAGAGAGAUGAAAUCGCGGUGGACGAUCCCCUACUCCGAACUGCAGCUGCUGGGCAAGAUCGGCAUGGGCGACUUCGGCAUCGUCUACCUCGCCAAGUGGCGCAACAGCAAGGUGGUGGUGAAGCAGCUGUUCCAUAAGAGCAAGCUGACCGGGUCCGAGUUGAACGAUUUCAGAAAGGAAAUGGACAUCAUCAUGAACCUGCGACCACACCACAACCUCAUCCAAUUCUUUGGCAUGUGCGACGAACCGCCCGACCUGUGCAUCGUCACCGAGGAGGCACUGUCGCCGGCCACGAAGCUGCAGCUGGCGUUGGACACCGCAGCGGGGAUGACCCACCUCCACGCCGAAAACAUCCUCCACUGUGACCUGGCGAGGCGCAAUAUUUUGGUGACCACCUCCAACGGAGAGUACCAGGCCAAGGUGACAGACUUUGGGCUGUCCAAGCGCGUUACGUCGGGCAGGGUGCGGCACAGCUUUUCACAUUCGCAGGCCUGUGGACCCAUCAAAUGGAUGAGCCCAGAAGCCCUGCGCCAGAACCGAUUGUCCAAGCAAAGCGACGUGUACUCUUUCGGCGUAGUGAUGUGGGAGAUUCUGCUGGAGAAGGCGCCCUACGAGCAGAUGGACGCCGUGGAGGCGGGCCAGGCCAUCGUGGAGGGCAAAAAGCUCGAGAUCCCCGCCUGGGCGCCCGCCGAGUACGCGUCGCUCCUCAGCGAUUGCUGGCACGACGACCCGGCCCUGCGACCAUCCUUCAACGACAUCUACCUGCGCAUCGAGAGAUGGGAUGGAAGUGGGAGGGGAUGA